AUGACCCGUUUAUCAGUCGAGGAUGCCCAGGAAAUUGUGGACGACAUCCGUGUGACAAACGGCGGCCUAAGCCCUGAAGCCGAGCGUGGACUACCGCAGGAAGCAAAGAGGGCACUGAGAAAUCUACAGUCGAUAGCCGGUGGAUCUAUCGUUCAUGUCGCCCAAGAUCUCUACGACAAAGAUACGCGGUUCAUCUACGAGCUGAUCCAGAAUGCUGAGGAUAACCGGUAUACGCGAGCGCUCAAAGACAAGAAAGAGCCCUUUCUUCACUUUACCCUCUACGAAGACCGCAUAACUGUUGACAGCAACGAGGAUGGCUUUACGGAAAGUGAUGUUCGUGCUAUAUGCAGCAUCCAUAGAAGCAGCAAGAAACAAACAAGUGGAUAUAUCGGCCACAAGGGCAUUGGGCUCAAGUCUGUCUUCAAAAUUGCACCAAAGGUGACAGUCCAGUCGGGUCCCUUUUGUUUCUUUUUCAGGCACACUCGGGAGGAUGGUGGCAUGGGAAUGAUUACGCCGUAUAAUGAGUCCCAUGAACCCCUUCCAGCUGCCGUGAAGACCAGAAUAACGCUACAUUUGAAAAGCCCAACAGACUUUGAGGCUCGAGCAAGGGAAUUUGAGGAUAUACCGGAUACACUUCUUCUUUUUCUCCACCAGCUACGCAACCUCACGCUGGACGUUGUUCCACGCGGUUCGAAGACUGUUUACAAACGUCUAGAGGAAUCAUCUGGACACCGAGUCAGGCUGGUCAAGCAGAUGGCUGAUAACGAGCACUGCAAUCUUUAUCUGUUUAAGAAGACCACACUUACUGGUCUGCCACAGCAUCCGAGCAGGCCAGGGAGUGACGAGGCAGAAGUUAUUCUGGCCUUUCCGGUCGAUGAAGACUCCUGCCCCCUUAUACAACCACAAUACGUCUACUCCUUCCUGCCAAUGCGCCGCGAGGGGUUCAAUUUCCUCAUCCAAUCCGACUUUAUUACCCAGGCAAAUCGACUGGGAGUCCAUUUGUGCCCCAGAAACGAGGCCAUUCGUCAGGGUAUAUGCAACCUCUUUGUUCAGGCAUCCCUUGAAAUGUCCACUGCAGACUCAGAACUUCGAUUCGAUUGGUUACAAUACCUUCCAGGACAGUAUAUAUAUGACCCCUUCUGGUCGAAUCUCCGGGAAAUGAUCUUCGACAAGCUGAAAAAAUCAAAGGUGCUUCUGUCCCGCGAAGGUGGAUUGGAUUAUCCAGAUGAGCUACGCCACCUUUUACCCUUUCAUCGCCUUCCUACCGGGGCUCCCCUCUUCGAUGAUAUCGCGCCAGAGCUAUACCUCUCGGGCGGCUACAAUUGGAAUCGGGAUUCCACUCGUCUUAAAAAGCUAGGAGUUUCUAACCUAACUUACGACGAAGUCCUGGAUCGGUUGGAGCCGUAUUUAGAUGGCCAGGCUCCGAGGCUUUUACACCCAGACAUGCCCCGCCUUUGGCAUACGGAGGUUGCCAAGUUACUACUACGGGCAUUGAAGAAGGAGGGUCGCAGUCGUAGCAUAAUCAAGCGCAUCAAAAGGCUGCCGCUCGUCCCAACUGUACAAAAUGGUCUCGUCUCGCCCAAAUCACACCAUGUAUACUUCCCAACCAACAAAAACGGCAAUGCUAUCCCGGAUGACUUGAGCGAUCUGCGAAUAGUGCAACCUAGUGUUUUGGAGUGCCCCUAUAGACAGGAGCUCAUUGAAACGCUAGGUGUGGAGCACUGCAAAGCUGAUAAGGUGGUCAAGUCCAUCUUGAAAAGGUACAAUCACCGCCAUGAUGGCGUUACGCUUCAUAACUCAGUCGGCCAUUUGCGCUAUCUGUUUCAAACAAUGGAGCGCGAUGAUGGCCUAGAUAAACGCAUAUUCAUCAUGAACGAGCACGAGAACCGCAUUUAUCGUGCCUUUGUCACUCUGGGCGUCGAUAUCAUUACCGACGACCUCUAUUUUGAGACGAUGGGCGAAUACGGCACAAGAGCGAUUUGUGACGAGCUCAGGACGGGGUCCACUAGCAUCAACUACGCACCUCCAUAUUACAUGCACAUCCUUCACAAGGAUUAUAUUGAUGCAGUGCCCGCCGGAACCAUAGUCCACCGGCGCACAUGGAAACAGUGGCUUGAAGAGGUCGCUCAGGUGCGACGAGUCCCGAGAUUAAAACAUCACAGGCGGGAUCAUAUGUCACAUCUCUCUCAGCAUCUUGCUGAUCACUACCCUAUGACGUUGUUGGGGAUGUUGAAGACACCCAUCAAGGCCUACAGCCAGGACCUCACGCCGGGUGUUAUCCAAGAGUUGAGUUCUAUGAGCGUUCCUUGCCGGAAUGAUUACACUCAGGAUCUGGAGGACACGUACUUCCCAUCCCGAGAGCUCACCCAGCUGUGUUCUAUGGCUGCUUUGGAUACUGACUUUGAUAAAUUUCUGGUUAUUCCUGCCGCUUUAGCUACAGAUGAUGUACGCGGGUGGGGAUUCCUAGCAAAGCUGGGCGUUACCUUGGAGCCUGAGAUUAUCUUUUUCUCCGACUUGUUGGCAUUACUGCUGAGCAAACACAUUAGUGGCAAGGACACAAAGAAUGCAUACUUUGGAAUAUACAAAGAGCUAUGCAUACGGUUUCCCGAUAUGGAUGAAUUGCUCGAAGUGAUAUUCUACGAUGGGUUCCGGGCUGUCCAUGUACCUAGAACCUCGGACAGGGCUAUAGAAGUUGUGGAGCUCGAAGAAUGCGUCUGGAAUGGGCAUCCCUGCCUUCAGAGAACCGUCCCUCUCGCAACGUAUACUGAAUAUGCGGACAACCCAUAUGCCGUGGGAUUAUUCAGAGAUACACUUCUUCUUCCCGAUGCAAGUCUUCAGACUUAUAUUGACGAGCUUCAGUGGCAUAAAGACAACCCAGAUGUGGGAAAGGACAAUAUCCCAGGGGUUUACAGAGCUCUAUCUGAGCAGGUGCACACGCCUGAGGAUUGUGAUCUCGUUCUAGCCGAAUUUACGUCCAAUUCUUUGCUAUUUAUAGGAGAAACGCAGGAAUGGGUCCUGCCAGAGUCCUGCGUGUGGACGGACGCAGCAAAACUCGGAACCAAGUAUGGCCUCAAAAGCGAAUAUCCAGGACUCGAGGACUUCUUCUGCGACACUCUCGGUAUUCCUGCUCCAAAUGCGACCAACUACGUAGAGGAGCUCAAAGAUGUCAUUUCACGCCAUCCAGUCGAUCUUGCGCAUAUCCAAGAGAUCCUCGCACAGCUUAAUGCUUUGAUUCCAAGCGCGGAGGAGGUUCGAGGCCUAUAUGACCUUGAGUUCCUCCCUGUUCGGAGCCCAGACAGCGAAGUCCGGCUUUUAGGGGCUGCUAAUACGUUUUUCAUUGCAGACCGUAUUGAGUACGCCCAAUUAUUUCAAGGCAAAGUCCCCAUUUUGGAUUUCUCUCUCGAGGAAUGUCACCGAUAUCGCCCGCUGCUGGGGUCUCUUGGCCUCGAUCAUCGAUACAUGUCAGUCGCCGUCCAGGAGCAGACUUUUGUGGAUCAGCCAUCCCACGAGAAUUCCUCGCAUCUCACACGGAAGUUUCGGCGCAGGGCACGAGCUAUUUAUCGGUGUAUCCUGCAUUACAACGGCGACGAACCUGUCGACACUCUGCUCAGACUACUGAAUUCAACACUGUAUGAGAGUGAUGGGUUCAAACGGACAUUACUUCUGCAGCUGGACGAUGUAAGAGCCGAAGUACAGAGCAAUAGCGGUUUGGUGCAUAUAGAGGAGGUCGAUGAUAGACUGCAAAUAUACAUCCCCAGAACCCCCGAAGAGCGACAGCGCUGCUACUCACUGCAUCUUCCAAGAGCACUGCAGCAUCAUUUUGGGGUUCGGGCAGCCGAGGCACAAAUCACAUUUCCACUCGUUUUCCUCUCGUCAGAGGCUCUCAUUGACCAGGUAUUAGACGGCUGUGGCAUUGUUGGCAUACCCGAGGAUAGUCCGCAACCGCCAUACCAACGGCCAGACGAGAAAGACGAUUCCUACGAUGAGACCGUGACUGCCAAGUCUGACUCUGAGACGCGAGUCUACACCCCAUCAAGUUCCGCAUCAGAUGGCAGGUCCCCCGAGGAAACACCGACAGUUCCUCACGACGGUGGUCCUCCGUACGUUCGCUUGCUGGAGAACGUUACUUCCACAGCCCGUCAGCAUACCCUUCCUGAAUUCCUGCAAGACCAUCCAAACCACGCCACAAGCAUUGCAGACGUCGCGCACGAGAGCGCAUUUGGAUCCCGAUCCCAGAAACAACUAGAGCAUGACAUCAAGAUCGGUGCCGCUGGAGAGCUAUUUGUAUUCGAGCUCCUACUAGCCCAAAACCUCCCAAACUUCACCCGCGCCAACUGGCAAAGUACCAUCCGGAAACACGUCUCCGUCCAUCCAGACUAUCAGGAUAUGCGUCCCUGGAACGGCGUCGAGACUGCCGAUAUCGUAUACCCCGAUACCAGCUCCUCUUUGACUUCCAUCCUGGUGGAUGCCGGGUAUUUGAAUAGGGAAUGGGCUGGAACGCAUCCAACGUAUUACGUCGAAGUCAAGACUACUACGGGGGAGUGUGAUAGCGCUUUUUUUAUGAGUCGGGCGCAGUAUAGGCGUAUGGGAAGAAUGCAUUCACAGCAAGUUGGCCAGGCCAAUGCCGAUAUUUAUUUGAUUUUCCGGGUUCACCAUCUUGGGAAGCGGAAUAUGGGUCUGCAAGUAUAUGUUGAUCCGGAGCGCAUGCGACAAGAUGGAAGUCUUGUUUUCAGGUCCGAGUCGUAUAGUGUUCGUCCGAGCGCACCUGCUGAAUGA